UGUCAUCACAGCAUGCUACAAGGGCUCUGACAAAUAGCCUGGGAGACACAUUAGAGGAAACACUGCUCAACUGACGGAGUCAGGAGUGAGACAAGCUAAGAUUAAGAAGUGGAGCGGGUAUGUGAUACUCUGCAGGAGUUAUCCGCGCUCUGGCAUCUUCACAGUGCAAGGCAAGCAGGACUCGCAACAACUACCUGUUGAGAUGGAAAAUACGACGCUCUCAAGCAACGUUAACGCCUCCACGACAGCAUUCUCACCAGACAAGAAUGUGGAACCCAGCGAAACAGUCAAGAUCUUCCUGGGAAUCAUCAUGUCUCUACUUGUUUUCUUAAUUGUCUUUGGAAACAUCCUUGUCAUCACUGCCAUUGCCCGCUACCAACGGCUGCAGAACGUGACCAACUGCUUCAUCACGUCCCUGGCCUCUGCUGACCUGGUUAUGGGUCUCAUUGUUGUUCCUUUUGGUGCCUGUAACAUCAUUUUCAACAAAUGGCACUUUGGUGGAUUUUGGUGUAGAUUCUGGACUGCUACUGAUAUCCUCUGUGUGACUGCCAGCAUCGAGACACUGUGUGUCAUAGCCCUAGACCGAUACUUGGCCAUUACUUCACCCUUUCGUUACCAGUCAAUGUUGACAAAGUGCAGAGCUCGAGUUUUGAUUGUCCUUGUGUGGGCGAUUGCUGCGUUGAUAUCCUACUUUCCUAUCCACACGGGGUUUGCAUAUGUAGAAAAUAAUGACACAGAGAAGGACAGCACAGACUUUUGUGAGUUUAAUGUCUCUCUUGUGUAUGCCAUCACCUCCUCUAUCAUCUCGUUCUACAUUCCUUUGGUCAUCAUGAUUUUUGUGUACAGCCGUGUUUUCCAGGAAGCCAGGCGACAACUGAAAAAGAUUGACCAAAGUGUUGGACGCUUUCAUAACACCAACAGCAGUGACUUGAAGUCUCUAGAGUCUAACAACGGAUGGGGACUGAAAAAGGCAAAGUUUUGCCUUCGAGAACAUAAAGCCUUAAAGACUCUGGGUAUAAUCAUGGGGGUGUUCACCCUUUGUUGGCUGCCAUUCUUUUUGCUCAACGUGGUGGUGACCGUAACAAACUAUGAUGACCACAAAAUCCCCUUUAAAGUACUCAACUGGAUAGGUUACUCAAACUCUGCCUUCAAUCCAAUGAUUUACUGCAGGAGUCCUGAGUUCAGGUACGCAUUCAAGGAUAUCCUCUGCCUGAAGAGGAACCACCUCAGCAACACGGGACCAGUCAAUGGAUACGUCCAGAACCGCAACAGCUGGCAAGGUGAACGACAGGGACGCAGCAAAGGCAGCUCAGACGAUAGCGAUGCCAAUGAAAGGUGUCUGGGGAAGCUGUCAGAGGUCUGUGGAGGAGAGGACAAAACCACGGACUCCAAUGGAAACUGCAGCGAAAGCCUGUUGGCUACGACGACAAGCCUGUAGACUUGGAACUGUGAGACUUCACCCCAAAUGAUUGUCACUGCCUUCAUGAACUAUUUUCCUCAAUGGUCUGUUGAAGGUAAGGCCGGCCAAGCUGGCCGGCUCACUGCAAUGAUCCCUUUGAGCUGAGGAACAUAUUUAUUUCCCCAUCAUUUCCACAUUUAAUACUGUAAGAGGAUUUCAUUUGUAUUUUUUUUACACACAAGAUUUCUUUAAGCUACCUCAGACCUGCUUUACAAUAUUUUUGUGUUAACUGUCUUUGACAUUGCGCCCGCUUUUGUUAAAUUAUGGCGGUAUCUCAGAUGUUUUUACUUUUCAUUAUUAUUUUUUAUUUUUAACCAUGUGACAUGCUUUGUGAAACUCAUAAUUACAGCUCGUCGUCUUUGCAUUUUCUGCUUUAAGCUCCAAGGGAAAGAUGACUUUCUUUCAAAAUCAAGUCAGUUUCAUUUGAACACGCCUGCAUGCCUGCAGGAAAAAAAAAGGAACAUAUUCCCGUCGAUGGUUUGCAGGCUGAUGGGUUGCACUGCAUUGGCGUUGCAAGUACAUUCCGAUGUGCUGAGAUGGCAAUCUGCCACAUUUCUGUCUUUAUUAGCAUCUGAUUGUGCUAGCGUUAGAGAUCAGCACCACAGGAAACCGUAGACACACGUCUCCUGCUCUUGCAUUUGACGUGCUGUUGCAUUAGAGUCUGCUGUUGACAGAACGCUUCAGAGAUAUGCUCUAACGCUCGGAGAUUUAGAUCUUCCUGUUUAGGAGAACAACGCCUGUAGUUACGCUCUGCGAAUGCUGUGAUAAAACUUGAAAGCGAGCGUUUUGGAAUCCUAAAGAUAUCUGAUAUCUUUCAGGCGGAGAGUAGUUUGUAUUUUCGCAAUACUUUGGGCUGCCCUCAAAUGCAUAUAGGUUUUUAAAAUUCAGCAAUUUAAAUAUAUAUGUAUAGAUAUUUUAUUUAUUUUUUAUAACUGAUUUCAAAGUUUUCUUGUGGACAGUCGAAAAUGAAAUUGUUCAUUCUCUCUGCUGGCUUCAAUGUACAGCACACCUUGGCAUAAAAGUCGUAAAAACUAAAAGCACUUUCUAUCCUCUCUGUGAAACAGAAGCUGUGUUCCUUUGUUGAAAUAAGCCCUUGCCAUUUUUCUUACAAAUUAGUGGUUGCUGUGUUUCAGUACAUGCAGUGUUUAUUGCGACCACAGAGGCCAUUUCCUCAUCGUGCAAGGGUACAAACCACACAUGAUAAUGAUAAUAAACAGGGCGACAACAGUUCCAGGGCCGAGACACAGUGUUAGUCACUGUAUUCAAAUAAACAUAGGACUGAAAAAGCAGCUCCUGCUCCAGAAUAGCGCAUCUUUGCCUCAGCCUUGUGACAUUUCCCAGAUUGGUCUCAGUGUGUAAGGCUGUGUGUUUACGUCUGAAAUCAAUGGGACAGUUGGAACAGGCAUUCGGGGGCCAACAGAGCCGCGGCUCGGCUGCUCCAGUUGUGUUGGUCAGUUUGUGUCAGUCUUCUCUCAACGGCUCUAGAUGUGCGGUCCCCAGGAAAUGCCUCAAUCCAGCUGAGCCUGGCACCAGCAGACAUGAAUAAACACAUUAGCUUUGUUGCUUAGUUUGACAAUUAGAUGAUUCUGUACCCUCCACCCACCCAGAUGAAUAGAAAACUUGGAGAUUCUACUCUGCAGGUUAGGAUUAUACCCAAAAUGCCAUCCUCAAAUAAUAUAUGUCUUAAGACUGCUUUCGUAUGUGUUUUCUCUUGACUUAUGUUAGGUUUAAUGGACAUUAAGCACUUAGAAAAAAAGGAUCUUCAUUUAGGAAGUUAUCUUCUUUCUUUCAGAUUAGAUCGCUUCACAGAUCAUUAGGCUAGGUGGAGAUAGCAGAGGUCUAUCUGAAAUCUUUUCCCAGGUCAGUUAGGCUAAAGUUAGCUUCUGAAGAUGGGGAAGAGGAGCCGGGAUUCUCAGCCAGUCUAAAUCAGUGCAAGAGGCCGAUUUUUUUAGAGCAUGUCGUCCAGCCUCCGUGUGGAGUUGGAUCAGCUGACACUGCCACACACAUUGAACUUUGUUCCUUCAGAGGAAAUCUUUAUGUACUGUAUCACAAGGUUCUUAUCGCCGAUCCCUGGUCGAAGACAUAACCACGCAGUCGUUGCACGUCAGCGUGGAAAACAAGCUUUCCAGCACGUGGAUCCUUUUCUUGGUCUCCUGUUAUUUAUUUUUUUUUUUCGGUGCAGACUUACAGCUAAAUAAAUGCAGGGGUUGAAUGUCAGAACACAGGUUCUUUGAGGAAAACUUUUCCAACAUUUCACUGUAAGACAUGCUGAAAUCACAAAUCUGCUCAAAGUAUUAGACCAAGUCUUAAAGAUGAUUCUUUUUGUUGUUGUUGCUUUUUUAAGUCUUGAUAGUUUGAUCGUGGGCUGGCGCUAAGCUAUUAGAGAGUCCUGCUUUCUUAUCGUCUUAGACAUGCAAUCUUUGGAAGCACCGUGCAAGUGAUUGUUUGCAUGUCUGUUAUAUAUUCGUGGUGUCAUAUUUGUGGAUUCCUGUUUCAGCCCGAGCUCUGUGGGCUUUCAGCUAAAAUUCCACACUGCUCCCUCCUGGCAGUGGCCUGUCUUUGCACCUCUGCCGUUCCUCCUUUAUAAAUGGUUACUGUUUUGUCGAUACUCCCUUAUAAUAAGGAAUGUAAUUCAUGCCUUCACAUCCUCGGUGCUUGAGGAUGCAACAUUGUUAUGUGCAAUGAGUCUUGAAUAAUGAGCGGACACUACAACAUUCCAAGCACAGCUGCUGUUUUAUAUCAUGCUAACGAUGCACAUUCACUCCCCCCCCUUCAGUGACCUGUCUCCGAUUACCCACCGAUGCACCUGCACCGGCUCGGCUGAGACAAAAAGAUUCUGUUUUGAAAGGAUUACGGGUUACAAGUCAGACCAGUCUUACAGUUUGUAUUACCAUUUGGCCUUGGGAGUUAAUAUCCCGCAUAUUUCAAUGUAAUAGACUACAGUGUGUAUGAUAGAGCGACAUCUUAAAGUGGUCCAAGUGUAGGUGGGGUAACUCAAAUGUUGUCCUCCAGGAAUCACGUUUAUUCUCUGUGAAUAAGACCCUUUGUUCAACAAUUAUGAUUCAAGAAAAGUCAUUUCCCAAUCCAAAGCAGCACUGAAUAGCACUUUCAGUUUUGUUAAAACAUAUUUUAAAAGUGUUCCCAUUGGCAUGUACUAUAAUGUUUCUACUUUGAAAUAAAAUUUUUAAAAAAGUCA